AUGCGAGCUAUUGUAACAGGUGCUUCAGGCUUAUUAGGUCGUGCCGUUUACAAAGCAUUUUGUGAGGCUGGCCAUGAAGUAACUGGCCUUGCUAAGAGCCGUGCGAAAAAUGGUUUGAGACAGUUUGAUCUAACUGACAAAGAUAAAUUGGACGCAUUGAUUCAAGAAUUAAAACCAGAUGCAAUCAUCCAUACUGCAGCUGAGCGAAGACCUGAUGUAGCUGAAGAAAAUCGUGAAGCAACUUUCGAACUCAACGUCAAUGUUCCAGCUCACAUUGCUUCAUUGUCUAAGGUCUACAAUGUUUUAUUCAUUCAAAUUUCCACAGAUUAUGUAUUUGAUGGAAAAAACCCUCCCUAUGACGUGAACGAUAAGCCGAAUCCAUUGAAUUUUUAUGGAGAGACAAAAUAUCAAGGUGAACUUGCCGUACAAAAUGCAAACCGACAGGCUGUGAUUUUACGUGUUCCAAUCUUGUAA